AUGUUUCAGAAACCUGGAAAUUACUGUUUCCUGGUACCAUGGAUCGCAUUCAUACCUUGGUAUGGGAUGUUGAUCACCAUGUUAAUCUGUUGGGCUGCACAAGGUCAUCCGAUCUAUUGGUUCAUGCACACAGAUCAAUUCCCAGUUUAUAUAUCAGACAUUGGUGCCACAAACCUAAGACCCUUGUUCAUUGCUUGUUCUGCUUGGCAAGGAAUUGGAUUUGUAAUAUGUCUAAUAUUAGAAUUCUUACAGAGACACUUCUUUUGGAUGAACCCUUGGUUUACUGUCGAUGAGAGAAAUCUCAUCUUUGCAGCAAUUGUCUUCGGUUGCAUUGGUGAACUGGGUUUACUAUUUUGUACCAUAUUCAGUACGGCUCUCUUCCACACAGUGCAUACCGCCAUGGUGUGUGUUUUCGUCAUAUUUAUGUUCUUAGCAGGUUGCUGUUUAGCGGCAGAAUAUUUCAUCAUGGGUAGACAUUAUGGUUUCAUUCAUUACAAGAACGGCUUACCACCUGGAGAAUACUACGAUGAAAAGGAUAUAAAAUGGAAUGUUUGGAAAGGUCACUACUGGAACAAAUUUACCAUAAGUGCAUGUUUCAAGACAUUCUGGCUCAUUGCCGCCGUUGUUUGGGCAAUCAUGUUUGGUGCUCUGUCAGAUAAUUCAAAGAGUGCAUGUUUUGAAUGGCUUCUGGCAUUCUGGUUAGGUAUCUUCUUUAUAAUCAUCUCAGUAGAUUUCUACCUUGGCUCCCUAUGGAAGAAAUCAAAAUAUUGGCCUCUUUUACAAGCUUAUGGAGGUUACUACAAAUUUGAACAGAACCAAUACAAGAGGAUGAAGAAGUCUUCUGAUGAUUUGCAACGGAAAGAGGUCGAAAAUGUAUAA